CCGUGGCGCUGACCCGGCGGACGCCCCCCGGCGGCGGGCUCCACCUGGCCGAUCCCGGGGCGACCGCAGCCCAGCCGGCCGCGGCCGCCGUCGCCUUUCCGAGCCGCCCUCCUGCGAGGCCCGUCGGGCGGUCGGCAUGGCCCGUGGAAAUCAACGAGAGCUGGCCCGCCAGAAGAAUAUGAAAAAGACCCAGGAAAUAAGCAAGGGGAAAAGAAAAGAGGAUAGCCUGACUACCUCUCAGAGAAAGCAAAGGGACUCUGAGAUCAUGCAGCAAAAGCAGAAGGCAGCUAAUGAGAAGAAGUCAAUGCAGACAAGAGAAAAAUGAUGACUGGCUCUUUGGAAGACCUGGGUGCUACUGCCCUUGAGGUGCAUCAUAAGCUCUAAGGUCAAGAUUUCUUAAAUAGUCAUUACCUGUGUUAUAACUUAUCCUUACAAAACUGUCUAUUUUAAACUUUGCUUCUCAAUUGGACUGUUAUGCAUUAAAGCCACCCUUCAAAAAUAAAACACUGACCAUGCAUGUA